GACGGGCAGGGCGCUCCCGGCACGGCCAACAUGGAGCUGCGGGGAGGACGCGCCGCCCUCUCGGCCCUCGGCCUGGUGCUGCUCUGCUCCGCGCUGCGGGCGGCGCCGGCCGGGCCGCAGCCCCGCGCCGCUGUGGGUGAAGUGGAGAAGUUCUUCUACCACCUCUUCUACUCUCCAGUUUCCAGACUGCUAUUAAGGAAAAGGAGUUGAUAUUCCAGUCCCUACCAACCUCCAUUUUUUUUCCUGCUGAAUAGCUUAAACCUAUGCCUCUGCUUUCAGUUUUUCUAAGCAGACUACGCAAAGAACUUGUCAGGAAUGCAGAACUUUCCCACACUUACCAGAAGGGCUAAUCAGCAAUUUGUUAAAUUUCUUCUCCUUUUCAAAACUUGGAAGAGGAAUAGCAGUAGACAAACUGAAGCGAACUUUGCAUUACCCGUGUAUAUCCAGUUCAAAUGCAAAUAAUGCAUUUUCUUUAAUCUUUGUUUUCUGAAAACAGGGCAGUUCUGGCAUGUAUCUGACCUACAUUUAGAUCCGACUUACCACAUUACCCCUGACCGCACCAAAGUUUGUUCUUCUUCCAAAGGAGCCAAUGCCUCCAACCCAGGCCCUUUUGGAGACUUUUUGUGUGAUUCUCCAUAUCAACUUAUUUUGUCAGCAUUUGCAUUCAUGAAAGAUUCAAAACAACAGGUUUCGUUCAUGAUUUGGACAGGAGAUAGCCCUCCUCAUGUUCCUGUAGGAGAACUCUCCACAAAGUUGGUCAUUAACAUCAUUGGCAAUAUGAGUUCUACAAUUCGUAAUUUCUUUCCAGAUCUUCAGGUUUUCCCAGCCUUGGGCAAUCAUGACUACUGGCCACAGGAUCAGCUUCCUGUAACUACCAGUGAAGUUUACAAUGCUGUAGCAGAUUUCUGGAAACCUUGGCUAACAGAUGAAGCAGUCAACACCUUCAGAAAAGGUGGCUUCUACACACAGCUGUUUGAAUCCAGUGAUAGCUCUCAACCACUCAGGAUAAUCAGUCUGAACACAAAUUUAUAUUAUGGCCCCAACAGUGUAACUGUGAAUAUCACUGACCCAGCCAACCAGUUUGCUUGGCUGGAAGGAAUACUAGAAACCUCUUUACAAAAGAAGGAAAAGGUAUAUAUAAUAGGACAUGUGCCAAUAGGAUACUUGCCAUAUGCAAGGAAUACUACAGCUAUCAGGGAGCAUUACAAUGAGAGACUGGUAAAGAUUUUUCGCAAAUACAGUAGUGUUAUUGCGGGGCAGUUUUUUGGACACACACAUAGAGAUAGUAUCAUGGUCCUCCUGGAUGAAGAAGAAAAGCCAAUAAAUUCCUUGUUUGUGGCACCUGCUGUAACCCCAGUGAAGAAUGUAUGGCAAAUGGAAUCCAAUAACCCUGGUGUCAGAUUGUAUCAAUAUGAUCUUCUUGAUUAUAGCUUGCUGGAUCUUUGGCAGUUCUAUUUGGACCUCAGAGACGCCAACGAGAAAAAUGAAUCAAACUGGAAAUUAGAAUACGUCCUAACUAAAGCUUAUGGCAUUGAAGACUUGAAGCCAGAAAGCCUAUAUGAAAUGGCCAAGCAGUUGUCUGUGCCACAUAGCACACUGUUUGAACAGUAUUACAGUAACUUCAUUGUGAGUUAUGACAAAACCAUUGUCUGUGAAGAGGGGUGCAAGACAUGCCAAAUAUGUGCAAUCCAAUAUUUGGAUUACCUCUCGUACACAGAUUGUAUCAAUCGGGAAGCAACGUGGAGAUGAAGUGUCCGUGCAAUUUAUGCUGAUACUGACUCUAGCCUGUGAUUUAAAGAGACUGCUCAUCCUGUCACUCAAGCACUGACGUGCUGACAGGCACUCUGUGGGACUUCUCUGAAUUUCAGGGGGACAAUAAAUCUCCCUAGACCUUUCUUCCUGUAAAAAUGUAUUCCUUCAACAUCUACAUAAAAGCUCAUUGGCUAUGUAAUAGUGGCCAAAUACUUUGCUGUUGUAUCAAGUGUCCCAUACCAUCCACAACAGGCAUCCCAGUAUAUGGGAACAGAAGUUACUCAAUUCUUUGGAAAUCCAAAUCUCUCUUCUCAGGGUCUGUAAACAUAGGCAAUCCCAUUUCAGGCAUGGGAUUGGUAUAGGGGCAGGUUUCAACCAUCUGCUGUCACAAUUUUCAAACUUUAAUCUGCAAAACCUGGAUUUGCUGAGACUGGAGUGCAGUUAUGUUAUUGAUGUGAUGCCAGUAUUUGAUAUCUCCCUGUGCCGAGAUUCCUUUUCCUUCUUAACCCCUUAAACCCGCCUCAGCUGAAACCUGCCUCUGCUUGGGGGCAUUUUCUAAGGAUGGCAUGAAAGUGACAUAAUGGAAUACAAACCUCCAUCCUGUAAAUACUUAAUGCAUUUUUGUUCAGAAUGUGUGUGUUUUUCCAGCACAAAGUGCUUUUUUCUUAUGUUAGAGACAUACACUUUGAUACUGGUAUCAAGCAGUCUCCUGGUACGAGAUUUUGUGGCAGGCCAUAGAUCAGGUUUAAAUUUAUCAGUGUCACUAAUUAGACGUAGCAUAUACAUUCUCUAUGCAGCACAGGUAAGCAUGCCCUUGUCAUGGUGUGCCUCAGGUUUCUUUUUUCAUAGAGCAGUCUAGUUCUUAACAUGAAGAUUAUCACAUGUAUGAAUUCACAACUGCAGCAACCACUUUUUCCUCUUCUUGUGACUAAAUGUGUGCACAAGAUGGUAACAUGAAGAAGGCCUUUUAUCUAGAAGGACCUUUACCCAUUUUUCUGUCACGUCAAGAAAUACACUUCUGGAACCUUUGGUCAAUAUAAUACUAUACGGACUCUACUCUAGGUAAUAUUGUUUCAGAGUUCCUGCAGCUGUAGAAAUAGUUAUGUGACAAAUCCAAUUGCUAACUGUUUAUUUUCAUGAGAUUAAAGUAUUUACUGUA